AUGUCCGCCACAACAACCCCAAUAUCCCCACACCUCUUCGCUCUAGCACUAAAAGAUCUCCCCCUCGAUACCCUACACACCAAAGCCGCCGAGAUCCAGAAUUCCAUCUCGCAUCUCCUCGCCUCGAAUACACAAUUACAACCACUCGCAGAAGCAGGUGAUGAAGAGUGUAAAGAAGCCUUGAAAGAAAACGAAGAAGUGGUGGGCAGAAUGAGGCAGAGGAUUGAUUUGUGCAAAGCAGAAGCUGAGGGGAGAGGAUUGAGAUGGCAUCUCGGGGGCGAAGAGGGAGGGGAGGUAAAGCGGGUGGAAGGACAGGUGAAUGGAAGCGGGAGUUUAGGAGAUGAGGAAUUGAGGAGACGGUUAGAAGAAACGCUUGGAGAUGAUGGGGAGGAAGAUGAGGAGGGUGUGUAUCUGUGA